GCAGCAUGUGAAACUACCCUCCCGGCUCUCAUGUCAGAAUCACUAUCAGUAGUCCCGAUAUUCAGGGCCCUGGGGCCCCUGGAGACUUACCUCAGUGAGCUUUAUACCCACAACUUUGGGACGAUAGGAUGUGCCAUCUGGGUCGAUACUGACGAACCCUUAUCAAUAGAGAAAGUGCACCGAGCACUAGAGUUCAUCCAAACCACCAUACCACACCUCCAACUAUGUAUCAGACAGAAUGAAUGGAAGGAGCUUGUGUUUAGCAAGAUGCCCGAGAUUGUUAUUGAUUUCAGCUGUGUUCGUGCGGGAGACUGGAGCCCGAUCUAUCAUGAUCUUUUCAAGUACAACUUCAACGUCGAAAAUGGGCCACUGUGGUGUUGCAAGCUAGUGACCCUGCCUCCUCUCGGGAACACUCAUAAAAACGUGGUGAUGUUCGGAUUCCAUCAUGCCAUAACGGAUAACAUGAGCAUGUUGAUACUCUGUGACAAGUUCUUAAAAUCACUCAGAGAUCUGAUCAAAGAAAACCCAAUAUCUGACAGCUACGAAUAUGCUAUCUUACCCGCUUUCGAGAAGUUGAUAAAAAGGAGCGACAUUUCCACUCAAAUUGGGGAUAUAAUUCCAGGACUUUCUUACACGUGGCGUGGUAGCAUUGUGUUCAAGAACAGGUAUUUCAGUGUAUAUCCGCCUCUUCUUGAUGUCCUACCCACGUUGAGGACCUGUCCACUGGAACUCAGCGACGAACUCACUAAAAAGCUAUUCAAACACUGUGUAAAACAAGGAGUUUCGUUAGAGAGCGUGUUCUGCACCGCCUCAGCGAUAGCGAUGUACGAACUGAUAACCACAGAAUCUUGGAUACAACAGAUAGUUCCAUUCAUUGACACCUCGUCGGUGGACAUCACAUUCUCGGUGCUGCCCAACUGUCGACGGUACUGCAACAACAGAACAACCAACAUCUUCGGCUGCUUCCUAGGUUAUAUCGAUUGCGAGAUAAGAGUGUCAGAGGAGUCUAAAAAUAACUUCUGGGAGAUAGCGAGAGAGAUAAAAGAUAUGAUAAACACUCAGUUAGAGGAAAAGAAGCCCCUUCAAUACAACCGGUUCCUCAGUAAGAUCGAUGUUAAGAAGUUUGCAGAUCUGGCGUCCAAGAAUAACAGUGUCUUGAGAUAUUUUUGCGUGAGUAACCUUGGUAACAUAGAGAACAUGAGCACUGGAUCACGUGGUGACAUCAUUGCAACUAAGAUUCUGAGAUCUUCAAACAUAUUUCCUUACAGAGAGGCUCCCUUCAACCACAACUUACAACUUUUCAGAGGUAAGCUAAUGUACAAUCUGGACUACCUCAACAAUCUGUCCACAGACCAGUUCGCCAGGGACUAUGUAACAAGGGUGUUCGGUGUAAUGACUGACAUGGUCGAUAGACUUCCUCAGACUGCUAAUUAACUAAUCAUUUCAGUUACCAUUUUUAAGGUAAUAUAGUUCGUUUCUAAUUGGGUAUUUCGAUAAUUGAUUAAUUGCUUUGUAUUAUAGCUCCCUAGUCCCUGUCUUAGAUUGGGCUUUAAUCUUAAGUGGCGGGAAAAUUUCUUAGGGUUAGUUUAUUGUUCAUGAACUAUAGAGUUUUCCAACUAUUUAAUAUUUAUAUCAUAUUUGUGAGGACCAUCAACCAAAACACCACGAUACUCACUGUCAAGCCGCUUUUUCAUGUUAUAUAAAUUUAAUUUAUUUUGUAAUUGAAGAAGUAAAACGCGAUAUCUAAUAAUCUAACAUUACAUGCAUAGAUAUAAUUAAUAAAGAUAUUGAAGAUUUUUAGUUUAUUAAGUAUAAACUAAAAAUAAAUAAAAGAUAAAAGAUAAAUCUCUUAAAUUAUCUCUUAAAUCUCUUAAAUACCAUACCGUAGUAUGGAAAUUUAACUUAUUUUGUAAAUCAUACAUGUACUGUAUAAUAUUUAUGUUAUAAGUGUAAAAUUAAACAAUCUAAUGCAAUAUCAAUCCUUAUUCAUUUUGAUUCUGUCCGUUUCAACCAUCUGAAAUCUCAAAAUCUAUGUAAUCGAAUCCAAGUUCUAAUUUGAAAUUUCAAUAACAUUC